CCUCCUGCUGACAGAGCUGCAGGCAGGUCUGUUCCUCCUGGUACUUCACCAGCAUGAGAGCCGCUAUCUUGCGGUCUCUCUCUGAUACUGUGACGCACAUCUUCUUUUGAAUGUCCCGGGUGAGCCUGUCCAGUUUCAUCUCGGUGGCUGGGGUGUGUCUGAGGUCUCCCAGACUGAAGCUGCAGACCGUGCUCCUGUCUCUGUUAGAACAAGAGGACCUGCUGGCAGGUUUCCCCUUAAAGCACAGCUCCGCAUACGGGAUGGACCCCGCUGUCUCUCUGUCCCCUUUGUGGCCCUUCAGUUUGGUGCCAGGCGCCACUUCCGAGUCUGACACUCUGUUACUGCCUGAUGGCCACCUGUCGCCCGCCGCCCGGAUAAUCCUCCGCCUCUCCUCUCGGCACAUUUGUAAAAGCUUCAGUCUCUCCCUUUCGUACGAUUCGUGCAUGACUCUCAUCGCCUGAAAGGGCACGCCAUGCUGCUCAGCAAUGAAGUCAUUCAGCGACUUGAUCAGGAGUUCCACGGGUUUGAUACCGAGUCGCGUGCAGGACUCCAGCGAGCGGGGACUCGUUAAGAUGUGCCGACUCCUCUCCGCUGCGGCCGAGUCAAAGUUGUUCAGGUCUAAACGAGGCCCGGGAGACGUGGACCUCAGCUCCCCCAUUACAAAGCAACGAAAUUACCUCGAUGCCAGUUUUCGAGUGUUAAAACAUUGCUUCUGGUCCCGCGUGCUCAUCCACAAAGUGCAUUCUUUCUGCUUUCCAGCACGGAGAGGUCAUGGAGGGAUUAGCUGCAGACGAGCUGAGCUUAUUUGUAUCUCACUGUCUCCGACCUCAGCUGUAGCAGAGGGAGAGAUCGAGGGUUGACAGUUUUACUCUCACUAUUUACUAUUUAAAGACGGCUUUAUUAAAUCAUAGCAUAUUGGAGAUCAGGGAAAUGGUUGUCCUUGUUUUUGCGGGCAGCCAAAAAGCCUUUGACUUGCAAUGAUUUAACAUUUAAGUAGGAUUAAUACAUUAUACUUUACCACUUAAAACACCAGCAUGUAGCGUACUAUUAAAAUAAUAGUAUGAUAUAGCCUCCCGGAUAGGCGAACAGGGCAAUACAAUGGCAAAUAACGGGAAGCCUAAAACAAAAGCCACAGUGACGUUCAAUCAUAAAAGACCCCAUUAAAAGAGAACAGUUUUGCAACUUUUAUUAGGCUAAUGUUUUUAACUACAACGUAAUUUAUAUGCAAUUAUUAUUUCAAGCUAAAAUGAUCAAAUAAAUAUAUGUGAAACGUUGUAGGCCUACUUUUAAGUAAACAUGUUUUAACGUAUUUGUUUUAAAUAUAUAACAAAUUGAAAUGUAAAAAAAACAACACUAAGCACUGUAAACUUGAAACCAUAAAGAUAAAUCCGCUAACAGCCGAAGACUCUUGAAUUAUUAGCGCGCCACCUGCCGGUGAGUGACCCGGAUGAGCAUCUCGUUGUUUUACCACCGAGCAGAGGCGGGUGUUGUUUACGAUUACUGAAGUUAGGUCCAUAUUCGUCAAGCGUUCGUUAAUCUGAAAUUUAGAGGGAGAGCAUUUUAUUUGAAACCUCAACAAGGUUGGCAAAAAAUAAAUAAAAACCUGUCAAUUGUGGAUCUUGUUUGUAAAAAUAAAAAAGGCAAUAUUACAAAUUGAUUUCUAAAAGUAGCCCUAGUGCUUGAUAAUUGCUUUAAAUGCUAAUCUUGAAACGUGGCAAUAUAAUGAGAAUGUUCACCAACGGUCAUAUUAUUUAUUCCUUUUAAUUUGAUUUGAAAUUGAAGGUUUGAAUACAUUUUAUGAAUUCCAAUUGAUGUAUGCAUUUCCUUUGUUCCAUGUUUUUGUUGGGAGGAAGUAGCUUAUUUUUUUUAUUAUUUUGCAUUAUUACUACUAUUAUUAUUAUUAUUAUUAAAAUAUAAUUUUUCAUUUGAUUACAAGUUUUAAUUUCAGUUUCCGUUCUCAGAUACUGAAGUACCAAUACGAAACUAACUUCGUCAUCGUCUAGACUGCUGAAACGCUCCACGAACGCCUUCUGCUGCCACACAGCUCGUCCACUAACCGACGAACGUCAAAGAUGAAGAGGGCCAAAGCAGGUGGUGAUGAGGAAGCUACGCGGCAGAAUGGCUCUGCUGGCCGAAGGAAAGGAGAACAACAACAACAACAACAACAGCAAAGUGACGGGGACGAUGGUGACUGUGAUUUAGGCACAGCUGACAUGCAAGACGAGGACAAUGACCCGGGACUCAGGAGAGAGAUACGGAGCAAGUACAGAGACCUCAUCAACUCAGUGCAACAGAACAGGGAAGAUAUGCUGAGACCCUCCAACAACAAGCUCACAGAAGUCCUCGAAGAGGCUAACAAACUAUUUAAAGAUGUCCGGCAGGCGAGAGAAGCAGCUCUGGAUGCCCAGCUCCUUGUUGUGGCCACAGAUCUGGGAAAGGAGAAAGCCAGCCAACUGUUCGCCGAGGGCACUGCUUUUGAUCCCACUGCUUUUGCCGAGCAUCUUCUGUCCUUCAUGGGUCUCAACCGACUAGAAGACGGGGAGGACGAGCAGCAGAACGGAGGGGCAGCUGACGGCUACCUGCCCCAGGACGCUUGGCACAGAGUGGCCAGGAGAGCAGAGUGCUGUGUCCGGGCAGCACCCGCCUUCCACUACAUGAUGGGUUCGUUCCAUGCAGAGCCGCCUCCUCCGAAGCAAAGGAUAGAACGGCAAAGGAAGGCCCCCAGCAAGGAAGCCAAGAGGAUAAUGCCUACUCAGCUGAAGAGAAUGGAAGGCUCUCACCAAGAAGCAACCGAGAAAGAGGUGGAGAGGAUCCUGGGAUACCUCAAAAGUUAUUUCCAAGAUGAUCCUACGUCGCCAAUAUCUUACUACGAAUUUGUGAUCGACCCCAAAUCAUUUUCCCGGACAGUGGAGAACAUUUUUCACACGUCCUUUCUUGUCAGGGAUGGGUUGGCACGGAUGUACAUGGAUAACGCCAAAUUGCCUUGUAUAGCACCUGUGGAGGAGGGAGAGGUGGAAGCUGGAGGAUCAUUCAGCCGUAAACAAUGCAUUGUCUCUAUCAGUCCCAAAAUGUGGAAGGAGCUUAUAGAUGCCUUUGACAUCACGGACACAAUGAUUCCUCUUCCAAACACAGACUGAGUGAUGGACCCCGCCACUUUUCGUCAGCUGAAACCGAACGUUGUUUUUAGGUGUGUUAAUGCUUUUUUAAAAUGUCUAAAUAAUUCAGACAAAUUGUUCUAAAUUUUCAAAGGCCAAAUUUCAGUAAAGGUCACUCUUAUAAACACAUAUCAUAGUUGCACUAUGAUAUGUUGCACAUUUUGUUUUAAUUUCUACUUUUUACUGUUUUUAGAAGUUUGAAUAAUAAA